GAACGCGACGCCAACAUGGAGCCGGAGGACCUGCCGUGGCCGGGCGAGCUGGAGGAGGAGGAGGAGGAGGAGGAGGAGGAGAAGGGGGAGGAGGAGGAGGAGAUGGAGGAGGUCGAGUCAGCGGCGGCGAUCGAGGAGGCAGAGGAGGCCGCGGAGGCCCGGACCUCUGAGGAGACUGUGAGAAUGGAAGAGUUUGAAGAGGCGGGGCCCGAGGUGGACUUGGAUUUUUACAGCGAGUCCCCGCGGCGGGAGAGCGCGGACGAGGAGGAGGACGAGAUGGCUAAAGUCUGGUUGGAGGCUCACCCUGGCCACUCUGUCAGACUUUUCCCUCCGCCCCCGUCCCCGCGGCACCUGUACGCUCCGGUCGAGCAUCUGAGCAAGACAGAGGUUGUUCCCCUGACUUGCCCUGUGUGGCAGCCAUCAGUGUAUCAAGACCAGACUUGUGCGCAGUUUUCCAACUCCAGUACAGUGUCGUUGGAAACAGCAGUGCAGUGGGGCUCUGGGGAGGAUGAGAGAGCAGGAUCUUGGCAUCAUCUUCCUCAGGAAAGGGACUCUUUGCAAACCCUGGAUACAUCUCAGACUGGGACUGGCAGACGAGAAGGAGCAGAAGUAACAGAGCUCCCCUCUCUGGAGGAAGGUGGAUUGGCUCAGUCACAGCGUCCAGUAAAGGAACCAAAGCUAGAUCUUUUGUGUUCUCCGUUGCUAGUGAUACAGGAUAAUUUUGCUGCUCCUGAUUUGCCUUUGCUGACAUGUUUGACACAAGACCAGGAGUUUGAGCCUGACUCCUUGUUGCAACAAAGCGAAUUAGAAUUUGCACCUUUGAGAAGUAUUUCUAAUAAGUCUGAAGAUCCUGAGUGGCUGGCUCGACCAUCAGAAGUCAGUGAAGCUUUAAUCCAGGCCACCUCAGAAACAUCCUCAGACUUGGUCAACAGUUGCCUGAGUAUAUCUCAGCACCCACUCACAGGAAGCACAACAUUUGGGUCUCAGCGAUCUCUUUUCCCAUCGGAACAAGAGAACAGUGGAGAGAAUGUGCCACCUAGGGCUCCUGAGGAGCCGAAAAGCCUGGAUGACUCUGCUCAUUAUGAUGUCCUGUAUUCAUAUAUGUCAUGGCAGACAGACAAGGACACUCAGCAGCCAGAAGGCAGCUUGGCUGAUAAAGACCACGUUUCCACUUCAACCUUGUCUGAUGUUAGUGAUGAAAGCAUAGCUGCUAAAAGAAACAAUGCGUUUGAUGCUUCUUGUUCACGUGUGCAGUAUUGGCAGCAGGAAGCCUUACAGCAGACCGAAGCAUGUGUAGCCAGGGUGGACCAAGCUGCGUUCCCGUGUGAAGUUACCCCUCCUCCUAGUAAAAUGCCAUACUCUUUCCUGCGAUGCAUGUUGGAAAGAGCGAAGGGGGCUCUCUUGACCUCUGGUCACCAUCGUGAGAAUGCUUGUUUAAGGGUCCCAGCUGAGGAUGAGAUGAGUGAAAAGAAUGAUUCUUUGGAAGAUUAUGAAGGAAAUGAAGAUCUGCAGAAAGAAUUGUCUCAAUUUUUUAAGCAAAAGGAAACUAGAAAUAAUUUGGCAUAUACUCAGGUGCAUUCCAAAUCAUCAGAGAUAAAGUGUAGUGGGAUGGUUGCCGUCCAUGACAGUCAUAAACAAGUUUCAGAAGCACAUGUCCUCUCCAGAGGACUUGAUAUCUCUAAUGUGGAGGGUUCUGGUGGUCCUCUUCGGACAGGUAAAUCCAACUUGGAUGAGACAUCAGAACAGCGGCAUUUUCAAGAGGAAAGAAGCCAAAAGGCAGCUUUUGGUGAGAAAAGUGUUGAUGCUACUAAAAAUGUAGCCUUUGAGGCAGUGAUUGCUUCAAUUGAGCCUUCCAAGCAAGAGAGUCCUAUAAGUGAAAUCCAAACUGACAGCAACAAACCAUUAGCAGAUGACAGCCAAUGGAGAGAAUCCCCCAAACCAGAUCUUUCCCCAUUGAAUUGUAAAGAUGAAAACUCGUUCAUCGGUAAGCUAAAGCAUCCAAAAUACCAGUCUAUUCCUGGAGUGUUUGAACCAGCAGAUUCAAAACCACUGUCGCACAAAGAAGAUGCUAGCUCCCUGUGUUGGUACCCAGAUUUCAAAUCACCCCCUAAUGCUGCUCAGAACAUGCUCAGUAAGCCUGUGUCUGUCAUUGCAGAGGUUAGCUCAUCUCCUUUAAGGGAAAAAGCUUACAACCAGGCUGUUGGCCUUGGGAAAACACAACCACCUUCAUUUCAGUGCGAUAUAAACAAUCUUGGCCUUACAGAUAAGGUAGGAUCUUCAAACAUUAAUUUUGCAAAGAAAGUAUCAACUUGGGGGUUACAAGAUUUAAAGCAGCAGAUCUUUGAAGAAGUUGCAGAUUCCUCAGGCUUUAAUUUGGGGGACAUUUCUAAAGGAGGCAAAGCUGCAAUUACUCAAUCCAAGUUGAAAUCAGAUACCACUCUUGGAGACUCAGACAUUGGAACAUAUUCGUCUUUGUUCCUUAAAGAUUUAAGUCAGUUUGCUGUAAGUUCUCAUCAGACCACUGUUGGUCACCACACUUACACUGUCAACCAGUUAGAUGACAACCUGGAAAAAUACUGGGUUUUCCCUGUGUGGGUUGUACAUGGAGGCAGUCUGUCUGAAGAGGCUCCCAAAGCUUCCGCGCAUCUUGGACCAGCUGCCCCAAACACUGGGCCGUCACCUGUAAUCCCUACUACCUAUUCACAAAGAGAAAACCCCAAUCGUUUAUAUCAAGAGGGCUUGCUGGAUGGCUAUCGCUUUGGUCAGGAACUGAGAGUUUCAGCAUUUCCUGGACAAGCUGACCAGAAGAAUGGCUUAUCAACAGGGACCCCUACUUUGUAUUCACAAAGAGAGACAGCUGAUAUUUUCUAUUAUCAAGCCCUGACAGCUGGUCAUUUACCUGAAGAGACUCCAAAGGCACCAGCUACUCCUAGGCCAACUGACCAGAAGUUUGAUGUUUCAGCUUCAGCAUCUACUCCCUACACAUAUACUGUUUUAUGCCAACAAGAGGUGGCUGAGCAUCGCUUAAGAGAAGAGCCUAUGCAAGGUUCAGCUCUUACUGGCUCAGCUGUCCAGAACACUGGGAUAACUGCACUGGCCUCAACUUCUUAUUCAUGUGGAGAAAAGCCUCAGACUUUGUAUCACCAAGCUUUGCCCAAAAGUUGCUUGAGUCAGCAGACUUGGAAGGUUCCUGCUGCUCCUGGAUCUGUUGACCAGAAGAUAGGAGCGGCAGCCAUCCCUUCUCCCUACUCACAUGGAGCAAAGCCUGUCAGUUUCUCCCAAGAGGAGUUGCCGGAAAGGCGUCUUAUUGAAGAGUCUUGGAAAGUGACGCUUGCUCCUAGGCCAGCUGGCCAGAAGCCUGAGAUGCCAACAAUGAGUUAUUACUCAAAGGGAGUGAACCCUGUUUUCUAUCAGCGUCCUCUGUCAGACAGUCGAGGCAAAGAGCCUCUGGAUGUUGCAGCUGUUUCUGGACCAGCUGAGACGGCCUGGUCCCUAGCAGUAACCUUUGAUUCCCAGCUACAUAAAGAGGCAGCUAACGCUUUCCUCCAGCCAACACUAUCAGACAGUCAUCUAACUGAAGAAACAUUGCCAGUUUCGGUUAUUCCUGGCCGAGGUGACCAAAAGACCCCUUUAUCAUCAGAAUCAUCUCUUGUCUACUCUCACAGAGAAAAGAACCUGCCAGAAGAUGUGAAAGUUUCCACUGACUCUGGGUCUGCUGGUAAGAAGGCUGACAUUCCAACUGUGUCUUCUAGUGUCUACCAGCACAAAAAGGACCCUUACCACCAGGAGUUGCCAGGCAGUCAUGUACCUGCAGAAACUCAAAAGGUUGCUGACCCAAAAUCUGAAGGUUUUCACCCAUAUAGUGAGAUGCCCAGGGUUUUCUAUCAGCAGGAGUUGCCAGAGAGUCAUUCAACAGAAAAAUCUACAAAAACAUUUAUCCCCGGCCUGGCUGACCAGAAGCCUGAUCUGUCAGCAGUCCCCCUUACUUCCUCCUCACAUGCAGAGAAGCUUAUUUUCCCCAACCAGUUAAUCCUGCCAGGUAGUCAGCUACCUGAAGAUGCUUUUAAAACUACUUCCGUUUCUAUGUCAUCUGAUGAGCUAUCUGGAAUAUCAGCUGUAACCUCUGCUUUCUACUCAUACAAAGAGAGGCCCAGUAUGUAUCAGCAGAAGUUUCCAGACAGCUACCUAACUGAAGAGGCCCAGAUAGUCUCGGGUACAACUGAAGCAGUAGAAUGGAAGAUAGGAACACCAACAGUAACCUCUACUUCCUGUUCACAAAAAGGAAAGCCUAGUAUUUCCUACCAGCAGGCCCUGCCAGGUGGUCCUCUCUCUGAAGAGGCUCUGCAAGCUUCAGCUGCUCCUAGGCCAGUUGACUAUAACAUAGCUACACCAAGGCCUAGAUCCAUCUCACAAAGAGAGAAGCCUGCUGUUUUUUACCAGCAGGCCCUGCCAGGUGGAUAUUUUCCUGGGAAAAGUGUGACAGUUGCAGCCGCUCCUGGGCCGCCUGACGAGAACACUAGGACAUUAACCAAAUCUGCAAGUUCCUGCCCCCCUGGAGAGCAGUCCCUCAUUUUCUCCCAGCCUGGUUUGCCAGCCAGUACUCUAAAAGCAGAGCACUUAAAGAUGGCGGCAGCUGUUUCUGGACCAACUGAGCAGAAGACUGGCACACCAGCAGGGCCUUCAGGUUCCCUCUCCUUUGGAGAGAAGUCCAAUAUUUUCUACCAACAGGCCUUGUCAGAUGGUUAUCUUCCUAAAGAAGCAUCUCCUGGACCAGCCGCCCCGACGGCUGGGGAGCCACCGGUAUAUUCUACUUCCAGAGAGAAGCCCAUUAUUAUCUACCACCAGUCUCUGUCCGACAGUCAGCUCGCUAAGGAGGAUCACAAGGUGUCAGUUUCUGAGCCAGCUGACCAGACGACUGACGAGCCACCAGAAUAUUCUACUAACUAUUCUUUCAGAGAGAAGCCCAUUAUUAUCUACCACCAGUCUCUGUCUGACAGUCAGCUCACUAAGGAAGAUCACAAAGUGCCAGUUUCUGAGCCAGCUGACCAGAUGACUGAGGAGCCACCAGAAUAUUCUGUUAAUUAUUCUUUCAGAGAGAAGCCCAUUAUUAUCUACCACCAGUCUCUGUCAGACAGUCAGCUCACUAAGGAAGAUCACAAGGUGUCAGUUUCUGAGCCAGCUGACCAGACGACGGGGCCACCUCUCCUCACCUCUUUAUUAUAUUCAAGUCCAGAGAACAUGCUUGCUUCUCACCACCAAGAGUUGCCAGAUAGUGAUCUAACUGAAAACACUAAGAAAGUUUCAGUUGUCCCUGGACCAACUGACCACAAGACUGGAAUCCCAACAGCACCUUCUGCUUCCCACGCACGUGAAGAGAAGCCUACUGUUUCUUACCAACAGGAUUUGCCGGAUCUUACUGAAGAAGCUUUGGAAAUUUUAGGUGUUCCUGGAGUAGUGCCUUCCUCACGUGAUGAGCCUGCCCUCCUCUCUUACCAGCAGAAGGUAGGAGGUCUUACUGAAGUACCUUUGAAAGCAGCAGCCUCUGGCUCUACUGAUCAAAAGCCUGGGGCACAGAUAAUCUCCACCUCAAGGAGAGAGAAGCCCUGUCCUCAUCCACAGGAGCUGCCAAGCACCGCUGGGGAUGCAGCAGGGGCUUUUGUUUGUCCUGCACGAGUUGUCCAGAAGGGUGGGAAAACAACAGAACCUUCAAGCUACUCCCCACAGGAGUUGCCAGCCAGCCAUCUCACAGAAGGGACUCUGAAAGUGUCAGCUGCUUCUGCACCCGGAGCACAGAGGCCUGGGACACCAGCAGGGCCUUCCAUUUGCCACUUCCAUAGAGAAAACUUCAGUGAUUUUUGUCAAAAGGCCUCACCAGGUUGUGAUCUAACUGAAAAUUCUCUGAAGGCUUCAACUGUUCCUGGGCAAUCUGACCAGAAUAGGAGACCUGCAGUCUCAUCUUAUUCCCACUCACUGAAGGAGAAACACGGGAUUUCAGCUGCAGAUCUGCCGGAUGACCAGAAGACUGAGCUGCCAACAGUUACUCAUAGGCCUUGCUUACAUAGAGAGAAGCCUGUAAUUCCAACUGUGAACAGACAAGGUGACCAAAAGACUCCAUUACCAACAGGUUUUCAUGGUUCCUGUGCUCAAAAAGUAAAACCAGUUAAUACUGUUCAAAAACAGUUGUCAGACAGCGAUCAAAGUGGAGAUAUUCCGAAGGUUUCAACUGUCUCUGAGCCAACUGCUGUAAAGGCAUGUGUACCAGUACCUCUGUGUGGUUCUUAUUCACACAGAGAGAAAUCGGAUACAUUUCACCCACAGGAACUGCCAGACCAACAUCUAACUGAAGAUGCUCUGAAGGUUUCAAGUGGUCUUGGUCAAGCUGACCAGAUUUCUGAUUUACCUACAGUUUCUCCUGGUAUUUAUUCACACAGUGAAAAGCACCAACUUGUUUCAGAACAUGUCCAGAAACUGAUAGAUAAUUUGAAUUCUCCUGAGUCUUGUGCCAGUGCAAACAGUAUGCCUUUAAAUUCACAAAUUGAUGAUGGGGUUACCAUAUGUAAGCCAGAAUCUUCAGGUUUUGGUGAUGUUGCCUAUGAAAUCCGGGAUAUAGAUCAUGGCUCCAAAACUCUUAAAGAAAUUCAGACUCUUUUAAUGGAGGCAGAAAAUAUAGCACUGAAACGAUGCAAUUUUCCUGCUCCUUUGGUACCCUUCAGAGAUGUUUCGUUUAUACAAUCCAAAAAGAUGGUUUGCUUCAAAGAGCCCUCCACAACUGAUGUGUGUACCCAGAGGGGGCCAUUUACAGAAGAAAUUCCAUGCACGGACUGUGUACAGAAGGACAUUGGCACACAAACGAACCUUAAGUGCCAGAGGGGUGUUGAAAAUUGGGAGUUUAUUAGUUCAACCACCAUUAGAAAUCCUCUCCAGGAAGCAGAAGGCACAGCUAGAGUGGCGUUGGAUGAAACUUUCAGGCACUAUGAGACUGCCAGGUCUGUAGUGAGGUCUGAACCUGAAGGUUGCAGUAGAGGCAUCAGGAACAAAAUUAUUAUCCCUAUGAUGACAUUCAUAAAGAGUGACUCGAGUAGUGACGUAAGUGAUGGUUGCUGCUCAUGGGACAGUAAUUUACCGGAGACUUUAGACUCCGUUUCUGAUGUUUUUCUAAAUCUCUUUCCGUAUACUUCACCCAAGACAAGUAUAACAGAUAGCAAAGAAGAAGAGGGGCUGUCAGAGAGUGAGGAUGGCUGUGGUAGUGUAGACUCACUGGCCGCACAUGUGAAGUGCCUCCUGCAGUGUGAAUCCUCACUGAAUCAAGCCAAGCAGAUACUUAGAAAUGCAGAGGAGGAGGAGUGUCGGGUCCGGGCCCGAGCCCGAGCCUGGAAUCUAAAGUUCAACUUAGAACACGACUGUGGAUACUCCAUUUCAGAAUUGAACGAAGAUGACAGGAGGAAAGUAGAAGAGAUAAAGGCAAAGUUGUUUGGUCAUGGAGGGGCGACUCGCUUGUCUGAGGGCUUACAGAGUCCACGGGGAGUAGGAAGUGUGCCCGAAGCUGUAUGUGGUCACAUUAUUUUUGAGAGCCAUGAGAAAGGAUGUUUCAGGACUCUUACUGCUGAACAGCCACGACCAGACAGCCGCCAUUCUGUUUUCCGGUCUGUUGAACCUUCAGACUUGACUAGAGGACACCGGAGCCCAACAUCAUGGAGAGGCAGGCACACCAACCUUUCCACAUCGAUAGAUCAGAGCAAUCCCCAUUUCAAAGUUGAGAAUUCCUUUCAGUUACAGAGUCAUCUCCCAUUUCAAAACCUUGCACCCAAUGACAUCAAAAUUAGCAAGAGUAUUGGAAUGCCAUUCCAUGCAAACAUGGACCCCCAGCCAUCAGAAUUAGUAGAACCUACUUAUGUGCCAGCUAAAGAAAUGGAUUUUCCUUCCUCAUCACAAAUACUGCCCCCUGACCCCAAGAAGCAGUUCACUACCUCCGUCACUUUCUCUUCUCACAGACACUCUUACAUUUCCGAUUCCUCUGUUUUUAAGGUUGGUGUUACUGCAGGUAGCCAGUGUACUGGACCAACUUUAGGGGUGUUUACGCCUCAUACCCCUGAAGAGCAGAUUUCUCCUAGAAGUCUUAAACAGAAAACCUCUUCUCAUUUAUCACUUAAAAGACAGAGUCAUUCACCAGUGACUAUUUUAGCUGAAGGUAGUAAGCAAAGGCAAAAAUUACCUCUUGAUUUUGAGCAUUCUCAUCAAAAAGAAAAACUCUUAAAAAGAUCAGAUUUUAAAGUCAGCCCUUCUGAAUCCAGUGUCAGUACAGAUUAUCGUGGUUUCAGGAGAGUUCAGUUUUCUGAUACGGACACCAGCAUUAGCCCAGACAAACUCAGUUCUGCACUAGAGGUGAAAGAGAAGAAUGUAACUAUAACUCCUGAUCUUCCUUCUUGCGUUUUUCUUGAACAACGAGAGCUCUUUGAACAAAGCCACACCCCAUAUACAGAUCACCUUAUGAAAAAAUACCCUUCUGCCUUUUGUCCAGACAUUGCCUCUUGCAUUUUUCUUGAGCAGCGAGAACUCUUUGAGCAGAGCAAAGCUCCACAUGUAGCUCGUGAAGUAAGGGAAGACCCUGCUUUCUUUCCUGAGUGCCAGGAUUAUAUAGUUGCAGACUUUCCUUGUCCUGAUUUUCUUGAUCAGCAGCAGUGCAGAUCCCCAGAUGUAGAUGGCCACAUGAGAGAAGAGCGGUGCCUUUUUUCUCACGGUCAGGAUUGUGCAGUAGAAAAGACUCUGCAUACACCUCAGCCGUGCUUUUCUAAUAUAAAUGUUGAAGCCACGGUCAGUAAUAUCCCCCAGUCAGGCCCUGACCACUGUGCAGCUGUGUCUCCUCCACCUUCAAAUAGAAAAGCACUUUCAUGUGUUUGUAUAACUCUUUGUCCCAAGACUCCCUCCAAGUUGCAUAGUGAAACCUUAGAUGAAAGGUUUCAUUCAUUGGAUCCUGCUUCUAAAACAAAGAUUAAUAGUGAGUUUAAUGCUGAUCUGCGAACUAUAUCUUCAAGGUCAUUGGAACCAACCUCCAAAUUACUGACCUGUAAACCUGUAGCCCAGGAUCAAGAAUCUUUAGGUUUUCUAGGACCUAAAUCUCGACUGGACUUGCAAGUCGCACAGUCUUCUCUUCCAGCUAGUAAGACCAUUUCUCAGGACUUGAAAACCAAACCUCCUCAGAAUAGCCAGAUAGUAACCUCAAGGCAAACACAAGUGAACAUUUCAGAUUUGGAAGAAUAUUCCAAACCAGAGGGGACUCCAGUGUCUGCGGAUGGUUUACAAGAACAGAGUAAAGCUCCCUUUGCUAUGUCCUCUGGCAAGUUAUCAUCUGAUGCGGUCACUCAGAUAACAACAGAAAGUCCAAAAAAGACCACGUUUUCAUCUGAAAUUUUUAUUAAUGCUGGUGAUCAUGGACGGGAAGCUCCCGACCCCAUAGAACAAAAGCCAUCCAAGUUCACCUCAUCAUCCUCAGUGCAGCGAGUCACAGCUUCUCAUGACAAACACGCCCAGCCUGAACUGUUGCCAUACAAGCCAUCUGGUAUUUCGAGGAUGUACUAUGUUCCACAUUUAAAAACAGUCUCUUCAUGUCUGGAUUCCAAAUCAGAUACCACUAUUGAAAGCUCACAUUCAGGGUCCAAUGAUGCUAUUGCCCCAGCCUUUCCCCCUCAAGUGCUAGGCACAAGAGACGAUGACCUCUCCGGCACUGUGAACAUUAAGCACACAGAAGGGAUCUACAGCAAGAGGGCUGCAGCAAAGGGGAAAACACCCUCGCAGAAAGAUACCAGUAGUACCACUGUACAAGUCAGAAAAACUGAAAACCUGCCAGACACUAAAUCCAUUAAACAGGAGGAGGAGAUCCAUGUUAAGAGGACCAUCCCUCAGGAACUCUGCCCAGAGAAGGACAGCUCCUUAGAGAUAGAUAUUUCAGAAUCUGAAUGCCAUUCCGCAUUUGAAAACACCACGCACUCUGUCUUCAGAUCAGCCAAGUUUUACUUCCAUCAUCCAGUGCACCUGCCCCAUGAGCAAGACUUCUGCCCUGAGUCUUUGGGAAGGAGUGUUUUCAUGCAGCAUUCUUGGAAGGAUUUCUUUCACCAUCAUUCAAAACACAGCUGCCUUCCUCCCCCUGGCCCAAGUGUGGACAAGACCAAGAUGGAUUACACCAGAAUUAAGAGCCUCAGCAUCAAUUUGAAUUUGGAAGACAAUGAGAAGAUGUGUACUGCCAAGGAUCAGGCCAGAAACCCAAAAGGCCAAAGACAGACGGAUGACCAAAAUAGAGAUAAGAACGUCACCCCAGAAUUAAGGACACAGUGCACCGUGACGUUGAAUGAACUCUGGAACAAGUACCAGGAGCGACAGAAGCAGCAGAAAGCACCUGACGACUGUGAUAAGAAAGAGCUCUCUUUGGUAGAACGACUUGACCGGUUGGCUAAACUGCUUCAGAAUCCCAUCACACACUCUCUCCAGGCCUCAGAAAGUACACAAGAUGAUAGCAGAGGGGGACCAGGAGUGAGGGGGUUGACUGGGAGGAGGCAACACCAACAGAAAAACAAGCAGCAGAGGAAGUGGAGUAAAAGCUUAGCAAGGGGUCAAAGUGCAGGUGAUGUUAGGAAAGGCAGAGUGCCUUCUUCUCAUCACAGUGGGAAAUCCAGUCAGAUUAAAAUUGAUCAGAUUAAAUUAGAUAAAUACAUCCUGAGAAAGCGGCCAGAUUUUAAUUAUGUCACCAAUACCUCCUCAGAUUCUAGACCCUCAGAGGAAAGCGAGCUCCUCACAGAUAGUCCCAACAUUUUUUCCAGCACUACUUCUCCCGUGGACUCGGACAUAUUGACCCAAACUGAUAGGGACGUGACUUUAAACGAAAGGAGCAGCUCCAUAUCCACCAUUGACACAGCCCGGUUGAUCCAAGCUUUUGGCCAUGAAAGACUGUAUUUGUCACCCAGGCAAAUUAAAUUAUACAGCAGUGUCACUAAUAAGCAGAGGAGAUACCUGCAGAAGCGAUGCAAGCACACCACGAUGGCAGUGAACACAGGCUGUCCCCAAGUGACUGCUGAGCACACCAGAAGGAGGCACAUCCAGGUGACAAAGCCCAUGGUUUCUUCUGAUUCCUUUUCGUCUGCUGAUAGUUUCUUGAGCUUGGACUCUACUCUGUUCAAUGAGGGAAAUGUGCACAAGCUGAACAAGGGUGUACAAGCUGGUAACUUGGAGAUUGUGACUGGUGCCAAAAAAUACACUCGGGAUGUUGGGAUGACGUUCCCAACUCCCAAUUCUAGUGAGGCCAGAUUGGAAGAGGACAGUGAUGUAACUUAUAGGCCAGAAGAAAACGCCAAAGAGAAGAAGUUCCUUACCAAUUAUCUGCAGGCCAGAAACUUAAGGAAGAACAAGCCAAAUCCCCAUGAAGGAGUCUCAUGGUUUGUUCCUGUGGAAAAUGGAAAGUCUGGAUCUAAGAAGGAAAACGUGCCCAAGAUUUACAGCUCUGGCAUCUCCUGGUUUGAACCAGUGACCAAAACCAAACCCUGGAGGGAGCCACUGAGGGAACAGAACUGGCAAGAGAAAAUCAGUAGUGGGUCCCUGGGAGGCCCAGGCCCAGGCAGAGAGAGUGGCCGGGUUUUUCUUAGGCCAUUUGUCAGAGUAACCCUGCAGGAAGCACUUCAGCUUCACAGACCUGACUUCAUCUCUCGCUCUGGGGAGCGGAUAAAGCGCCUGAAGUUACUAGUCCAGGAGAGGAAGCUACAGAACCUGUUCCAGAACGAGCGGGAGGCCCUGUUCAACGCAGUGCGGCCCCUGCCUAGGAGAGUCUGCCUGGCCAUCCAGAAGAACAAGCCUAUCGGAAAGAAGGAAAUGAUGCAGAGGACCAAGCGGAUUUAUGAGCAGCUUCCAGAAGUAACAAAGAAGAGAGAGGAGGAGAAGCGGAAAUCAGACUAUAAAUCCUACCGACUGCGAGCUCAGAACUAUAAAAUGAGGGUAACCAAUCAGCUCCUGGGGAGAAAAGUGCCGUGGGACUGACAUGAGACUACUCAGAGCCUGGGUAUACUGUGUUAUAAGCCCAAAGAAGCUAAUUUAUACUUUAAUGAGUAUGAUUUAAUAAAGUUUUGUCUUUGUCUCCAUGUAGUUUAGUAGCUGUGGGAUCUGGGACUGCAGCAUGGCAGCUGGUGGUUUGGAAGCAGGCCUCCCUCCCUCUGCUGAGGUCUUGCUCGCAGGCUGUGCCUUAGGGCUUCACUCAUAGCAAAGCAAGCAGCAGAAGGUAAUUUCUUUCCCAUCUGGGGAGGAGCAGGGAGCUGGGCAGCGUCUGCCCUGCUGUGUAAGACAUGGGCUCACAGAAUGGAGUCAGAGCUUGCUGUGGU